AAAUCGUAACCCCGAAAGGGCAAAACGAAACCAAACAGUUCCCCUUCCCUUUCUCCGUCUCCUUCACGCCUUCCUUCUUCGAUUCUCCGAUCGUUUGGUUUCUCUCAGGCGGUUGUUCUUCGAUAGAGGAGAAGAAAGGAAGCAAGCGGAGGUAGCUAGACCGAAGCCAUGUCCAGCCUCUCCAAGCCGCCGCAGUCCGGCGACGAUCAUCCUUCUCCGGAGCCGGAGUUGCCGCGGCUGGCUGAAAGCGCUUCAUCCGGCGGAGUUACUGUCCCGGUAAUCAUCGGCCGUCAGUUGAGCGGUGGUGCUGAUGAUUCUCUUGCUGUACCGCCACCGCCGCAAUCGCCGACUACUGAAACCACUCCUCCGGUGGUUGAUUCUUCUCCUUCGCCGCCUGCUCCGCAGGGUUUGGCUGGGGUGCGCAAGGAUCUCGCCGAGAUUAAGGGGAGCUUGAAGGCUGGUUUGUCUCUGCUCUCGCGGACGGGGAUUUCGAAAUUAACCGCCAAUUUCUUCCAUGAGAGGAUAGACGAAGACGAAGAGGAAGAGGAGGAGGAGGAAGGUGGCGGUGAUGAUGAUGAGGAAGAGGAUUACGUGCCUGGGAUCACGGAUGAGGUCGUUGAGUUCGCUAAUAAGAUUUCUGCUAGGUCCGCUUGCUGGACCGACUUUCCGUUGGCGCUCGAAGCUGACUUCAAGUUCUCUGAUGCUCAGAGGGAGCAUGCUGCAACUAUUGAGUACAUGGUUCCGAGUUUGAGAGCUCUGAGAGUUAGCCUCCAUGGUUUCAUGAGGUCUGAGCAGUUCUGGAUGGUGUAUUUCAUUCUGCUGCUUCCGAGGCUGGAUGAGUAUGAUAGGGAGCUUCUCUCUUCUCCCCAGGUUGUUAAUACCCGAAACAGGCUUCUCCAGAAGCUCCAAGCCAGCAAGAACGAGAAGGCGGAAACCUCUGAAGAUGCAUCUCAGGAUAGCAGCAGCACCAGAGACGAACCGAACCUCGAGCCACGCCCACAACCUUCAGAUCCUGGCGUCAGUGUCGGUACCUCCUCCACGAGCCGCAAGAAGAAGCAUGCUGAUGAGCUUUCUUACUUCUCGUUCAGCGACCUGGACGACGAUGACAGCGUCUUUUCAGGCAGGCUCUCGACCUGCAGCCGGUCUCGCGGGCUGAGAGAUCCGUCGCCUGGAGGAUCUUCUACCGAAUGGGUCCAGCUGAACCGUGGGUACGACUCUCGAGGUGGAUCCAUCAGGUCGAGGCAAUCGAUCUCUCGUGAGAAGGACUCGGAUGCAGAUUCCACCGCCAGCGAAUGGCUGAAAGUUUACGAGUCUGAUUAAAUAAUAAAAAAGAAAAUGGUUGCCUUGCUCCAAAAUUGUCAAUAUUUAUACUGUAAAUCUGUUGCUUUAUUGUUCGUUUUUCUUCUGGUUCUUUUGCAGUCUCUCUCUGCAUGUCGCUUUGUAAAUUAUGGAGUCACGAAACAUGUGUCUUCUUCUUUGUUUCCUUGUUGGUUGGCGUCUACUAGUUGAUGAAUUGUAAGAAUGUGGUCGUGAUCGUAAGAACUUCAGGCACAAGUUAACAGAGAUCCUCAGUAUGGGCCGGGCCCAUCAUUAUCCUGAAUUCGCAGCACUUUUAGGGCCGAGAUGGCUCACGGGGCUUAACUGGGG